AUGCCGGUCCUCCACGUCAACAACUUUGGUCUAUUGUAUCUGUUCCAGGUCGUGUAUCUGCUGCCACAAAAGAGUCCCCGUCCGACGUUUGUCAUACCCCUGGGCAGCAUCGGUGGGAUGGAGCAGCGCCCCGUGCCCAGCAAGGCGAUGCUGCACCGGGUCGUGCGCCAGAUUUCUUCCGAGAACGAAUCGUCGCGGAUCCGGGGUGAGUUCCCUCAGGCCAAUAUGAGCAAUGCCGGAGCACGGGCGGUGGGACCGGCGAAGGCAUUCCAGACGAUUGAGGAGAGCGUGAGCAGCAUCAUGACGCUCUCCGAUGGUGCGACCCGCCAGUCGGCGAGCGCGCAGUCGCGGGUCUCGGAUCGUUCCCCCUUCCCCUAG